AUGCCUGUCAAAGACUACAAUCCAUUCGCGAAACGCGAAGAGUUUUCCAGUCGUAGUCUUCUAGCCUAUAAGAUCCUCACCGUCCUCUCGUGGCUGAUACUUGUCGUUGUGGGUGUGUACUACACCUUUGACAAGCCUCAUGACAAACACAAGCACUACCACAACCAUACCAUCUGGGGACAAAAUAGUCAUCACCCUACACCUUUCAGCUUGAAUUCGAUCGUUGUGAGCAUCUAUUGGGUUGUUGUAUUGAUCCUGCAAGCACACUAUGUGAGAUAUCUGUACAGUGCAGACAAGGCUUUCGUCACUAGUGCUGCCAACGUUGGAAGCCAUUUCAUCCUGCACAACCUCCUCAGCACUGCUUUCAUUCUCCUCUGGGUCAGGGGUUUUUUCUGGCAAGGCGAGCUGUUCCUCAUCAUCAACUUGUUCAACCUGACUCUACUCUACUUCCGCCAUCCUACCACUCCACGCUUCGUGCACAUCCCAAUCGUCUCUGCCCCGUUGGCCUGGACAUACAUCGCCAUUCUCUGGAAUGGAGCCGCUGCGGUCCAUGCACACACUUUACCCGCUAGAAUUGUGGCAAACAUCUUCAUCUGGGGAAUCCUUGUUCUGGGAGGCUUCUUCCUCUUGACCUAUAAGGACUAUACGAUGGGAAUCGAAUUGGCUAUACUAUCCCUGGCUCUUGCCAUUGCUCAACUCGAAACCCACGUUAUCGCCUUCCAGUGGAUUUUUGCCUUUGUCAUUGCCGGUGUUCUGUUUGUUGGUUCCAUUGUCAUUGGAGCUCCACAAGUCUUUGGACAGGACAGAAGUAUUCGACAGGAAGGCGCCAUUGUCAGCGAAGACCGCGAACGAGCACCUCUUCUGGACGACCAGUGA